AUGCAAGUGUUUUACAUUGAGGAUUUGAGAAAUGGUGGUAGUUGGCGUAUAGUCCAUAGAGUAUCGCCUAGGCAUGUAUAUGACGUUCCGGAGAUGGAUGAUGUGGAAUAUCAAGAUCUCGUUUAUGAUAGUGAGCCAUUCCAACAAGAUGAAAGCAUAAACCUGAACACUAUUGUGUCAGACCCUGAUGAGAUUCAGUUGUUGAGUCGUACUGAUGUGGCUCCAAUUAUUCUCAAUGAGCAGGAAGUUUCAGUUAUGGAGCACUUACUUGCCAGUGCAGAGGUCCUUUCCGAGUUUGAGGAGGAGGCGGAUAUGGCCAAUGAAGAAUCAGAGGAGGAGGAGGAGGACAUGGUAGAUGAUCUUAUAUGUCCCUCAAGGGAAAAUGGGGGCACUGAUUGA